UGUCUUUUAACCACACACAUUGUUGUUCUGUUAAGUUGACUCUAUUGAUAAAAUGUGAGUUAAAUGACCAAAGUUUACUCCCUUCUCUACCUGUUUCCCACAGCGUGUUUCUAAGGAUGAAGCCAAUCUCAUGGGAUAGCCAUGUUUUAUCUCCAUGACAGCUAUAUCACUCAGCCCUCUCUGCAGUGACCUCCUGCACAGCAAAGGAUGCUGGGAAAUAAUGAGCACUUUUAUCCCGGUCAGGAUGACAAAGAUGGGGAGGAUGAGGAGGAGGAAGAGGAGCAAAGAAGAGAAAAAAGACAAAACAACGAUGGACGCAAGAAGGAGAAUGGAGGAUUAGAAGGUCUGGUCGAUAAAGAAAUGACGGGAGGACGGCAGUCCUGGGAAGGGAAAGGUGGUGAUGUGGUAAAACCGGCAGCCAUUGUGGUUGGUAGACAGAGAGUGGACCGAACACUGAGGCCAGGUAACCUGGGCAACAGGGGAAUCCCUCACAUGACCAAUCAGGCUCCACAACAUCAUCAAGCAGCCAACAAGCAGCAGCAGCAGCAGCAAAUAGCAGCAAAGCGACGAGCUCAAAUGGAGCGCAGCAUGACCACAGCGGGCCCCAUGGAGGACGGCUUCCUGACCAUGAUGGUGUUCCGCAUUGGAAUACCUGACAUCAAACAAACAAGGUGCCUCCAGUUUGACCAGGACUGCACGGUGUGGAGCGCUAAACAGCAGAUCAUCUGCUCCCUGGGGGAGUCCCUGUGGGAUGUUUACAACUACGGACUUUUUCAACCUGCUGGUGAAGGACGGGAUGCCAAGUUUCUGGAAGAGGAGCGGCCCCUUCGGGACUACGCUCGGACCUUUGAGAAAGGGGUUCCAUACCUGGAGUUUAGGUACAAAACCAGAGUUUACAAACAGACGAACCUGGACGAAAAGGCUCUCUCCAAACUCAGCACUAAGGCGAGUCAAAAGAAGUUUCUGGAUUAUGUUCAGAGUGGAGCAAUGGAGAAAAUGGCAAAGGUCCUUGAUAAAGGCCUUGAUCCAAAUUUUCAUGACCCUGACAACGGAGAAACCCCACUCUCUGUGGCCAUGCAGUCCGGCUUGUCAGUGGAGGGCCUCAGGCUGCUGGUUCUGGGCGGCGCUCACAUGGACUUCAGGACUAGAGAUGGCCUAACUGCCGUGCACAAAGCUGUCCGAGCUCACAACCAUACCGGACUGCUGGCUCUCUUGUCCCUCGGAGCUUCUCCAGAUUACAAAGACCGGUGUGGCCUGACUCCGCUGUACCACACUGUGCUGGCGGGGGGCGACACUUCCUGUUGUGAGACCUUGCUCUACUACAGGGCAAAACUGGGGACAAGGGAUGAGAAUGGUUGGGAUGAAUCUCAUCAGCACAGGGAUGAAGAUGAGUUUGGAAUGGAAGAAAUUCAUAAGGCUUGCCAGAAUGGCUUUGCACAACACUUGGAGCAUCUGCUGUUUUAUGGGGCAGACAUUGCUUCUCAAAACGCCUCAGGGAACACUGCACUUCACAUUUCAGCCCUGUACAAUAAGGCAAGUCUGACGAAAGCUGUGCCCGUGUUCUUUUGUACCGGGGAGCAAAUAAAGAAGCAAAGAAUAAGCAUGGUCAAACUCCUUUUCAGGUCAACUGAGAAACAGAUUGUCGCUGUAGUGUCUGGUCACUUUGAACUUGGGGAGAUCAUCAAAAACCACAAAGAUUCUGACGUAGUACCCUUCUUGGAAUCGCCAAAGUUAGUCCCCAAGCGCAGAGAGAGCGCCCACACUCUGCCUCUCCCCUUGCUUCAUUCCCACCCCUUGCUGCGUGCCAACAGCGAUAACACUACGACCCAGUCUGACCCGCUGACCCUACCCAACAAGCCCUCAACCAAUCCUAACCCAGCACAGGGCCAGCGCAGAGCCUCCAUAGGUGUGAGAAGCUCCAGCAGCCCCAGAACCCGCACCCGGUCUCCCUCCAGAGGGAGAGGAGGCCAAAGUGACACGGAGGAGAGGCACCGGCAGCCAAGAGGCAGACAGGGUGCAACCUCGGCAGCCAGUGGCGGAGGUCAGAUGAAGCGCAUGUACAGCGCCGUGCCGGGGCGCGUGUACGUGGCCACACGGGCCCACUCUGCUAGUGGGGACAGGGAGCUCUCAUUAAACAAAGGGGACAAAGUUAAAGUUCUAAGUGUGGGAGAAGGGGGCUACUGGGAAGGAACGGCGAAAGGACGCACCGGCUGGUUUCCUGCUGACUGUGUCCAGGAGGUGGCUGCUCCCAGUAAAGAUAAAGAGACGCGCAGUGAGAAAGCCAAGAGGAAGCUUUUCCGUAACGUGACAGUAGGAGCUUACGACGGCACUGACGGGCCCAGUGACUACAUUAUUAAGGAGAAGACAGUGCUCCUACAGAAGAAAGACAAUGAAGGCUUUGGCUUUGUGCUUAGGGGAGCCAAAGCUCAGACUCCCAUAGAGGAGUUCACUCCAACGCCAGCAUUCCCCGCGCUGCAGUACUUGGAGUCUGUUGAUGAGGGGGGGGUGGCGUGGAGAGCUGGCCUGAGGAUGGGGGACUUCCUCAUUGAAGUGAACGGCCAGAAUGUGGUGAAGGUUGGUCACCGGCAGGUUGUCAAUAUGAUCAGACAGGGCGGCAACAGUCUGAUGGUAAAGGUUGUGAUGGUUGCUCGAAAUCCUGAACUGGAGGACACUGCUCGGAAGAGAGCGCCGCAGCAGACCAAAAGACUGACUCCUCCUGCCAUUGCCCUGCGCUCCAAGUCAAUGACAUCAGAGCUAGAAGACAUGGGUGAGAUGAUUGCUAGAGCAAAAAUCCUUCACGCCAUCACAUAUGUCUUAACUGCCUCACCAUGGAAAAAGAAAGCAGAAUAUGAGUCUUCUCAGGGUCCUGAUAAGAAGAGAACAGUCUAUCAGAUGGCGCUAAAUAAACUGGAUGAAAUAUUGGCAGCAGCCCAAAACACUAUCACAUCAGACAACCAGGGCCAGAGAGGUCAUGGAGGCAAGAGGGACCGGAGCAAGAGUAUUGUUCCCAAUGUCUCGAUUGAGCAACCCUAUGAGCAGCAGUCUUCAGUGAACCUGGGGCAAACUGGACCAAGUUUUGGCUACAACCAAGCUCACUUUCAGCCAGGCCAUGGGCCUCAGCAUGCAGUGAUGAUGCGACAAAAAUCUAUCGGUGUAACAGAGGAGGAGAGGCAGCACCUUCAUCCACCUGCUAUGAAGCUAGCUCGCAGUUUAUCAGUGCCAGGACCAGAGGACAUCCCCCCACCACCAAACACAUCUGCCCCUGAGCCACCUCUAUCUGCAGGUCCCCAUCCUGGAAGGGGGCCUGCUAUGCCCAUUCCCCCUGUAUCUCAAGCCCACUACCAGCCCCACUCUCAGUCAGGGCAUCCUGCCCAAGUUGGCUGGGAGAGGGGGGGGGCUGGGGGGAUGAGUCAGCAGGUCAUGGUACCCACCCUCCGUAGGCAAUCAGAAGGACUGUGUAUCAGAGAGCCAGAUGUGCCUAGGAGAGGUGGUGGUAAGAUGGGAGGUUUGCGGAGAGGCUAUAGCAGUGCUACACCUCCAACAAGUGCUAAACCUAAGGCCCAGCAGGCGCAGCAACAGCCCCAGCACUUACCUAACAGGGAGCAAGGUGGAGGGGUUAGCAGGGGAAUAGCAAGAAGGGGUGGUCGGGGAGCAUUGAUGAAGCAAUCAAAAGUGGAAGACGGGCUGAGACAGCACAGAGGAAAGGGAGGUGCAGCCAAAGAGAAAAGCUCCAUCCCCAUCCCUACCAUCAUUGUCAAAGCACCCUCAACCAGCAGUAGUGGCCGAAGCAGCCAGGGUAGUAGCAUGGAGGCAGAGCCUACUCCGGAUGCGGAAGACCAAACCACUGGUGACACAGCCUCAGAAAGCCCUAAUACAAGCUUACCAUCUCCACUCAAUCCCUUGCCCCUUCAAUCCACGACAUCCACUUCCUUGCCUUCAUCGACUGUUGCACCUUCUGUUUCUUCGCAACAACAUCUGGAGAACGUGGAAUACACCUCAACUUUUGGUACUUCAUUUGGGGGCGGGGCACGCAGGGAAAGAGAACGUUUCAGAGAUAUGAGACGAAAGAGUGCUUCUUUCUUCCUUUCAUCCGAGGAGGACAUCCAAGGGGAGGCAGGAGGAGGAGCAGGAGAAGGAGGAGGUGCACUUGCAACCCAAAUCCAACCUUUACAGGGCUCACAAAUGGAAGUGCCCACCCCUCGGCUUCGGCCUUCUAAAUCUAUUGAUGAGGGCAUGUUUUCUGGAGACAACUAUGUGAAUUAUUCCAGCAGCAUGCCCCCAGCCUUUGGCCUUCCUGAGUACUCUUCCCCUAUCCUUAGUCAGGAUGGUCAACCCAAGUCAGCACCCUCAGUGUAUGGCCCCCAGCCUACUACUACCUUCAUUCACCCACUCACAGGAAAAGUUCUGGAUCCCUCAUCCCCUCUUGGUUUGGCCUUGGCUGCAAGAGAGAGGGCACUAAAGGAUGACCGCAGAACACGUAGAGAGGAAAGACACUUUGGUCGGCAGAUGUCCACUGUGGGAGCAUUCCCAACACCUGUUCAGACCCCAACACCAUCGCUUUUUGCAACCCCAACACAAUCAGCCUACACUUCUCCGGUCUCUCUUCAACUAAACUCACCCACCACCACCACCUCACCUGCUUUGAGCCGGCCACAGUCACCAAGAAUUUUGCGUUUGGGAGGAGGAGGUGGGGAAAGAAUUGAGAGAGAGAAGGAGGGGGGACCAAGAGAGGGUCUUCGAGUUCGUUUCUCAGAGGACAGAACUAACCAGUAUUCAUCCCAGUACUACCAACACAGCAGCAGGGAGAGAGACAAGGAGGCGUACGACAAUAGACCUGCACCACCCAUUCACCCUCCUUCCCCACCAGCUCAACCUGCCCCUCGCAGACCCACCUAUCUACAAAUGGUAAACACCCCCAACACCAGCUAUAUUCCUCAGUACACUGUCCCUACAGCCCCAUCAGAGACUAAUGACUUGGGAGAAGCCAGAGCUGGGACUAGCGGAGGCCUGGGACUAAUGGUUUUACCUCCACCAGCUCCAUCAAUUGAUGCAGAUGAAGAGUUUGUCUUUGCCGAUCCCCUACCCCCUCCUAUACAGUUUGCUAAUGGAAAGCACGAGAGAGCCCAGGAUUAUGCUCAGCUUCAUCAACAGCAGACUCAACACUCUGCCGCUGUUGCCCCACCUCUUCCACCUCCUCUUCCAUCUGCCAAGCCCCCAAAUGCUCCUCAGAGCUCCUCACAAGGUGGUGACUCUGCUGCUUCUAGCCUAACGUCUUAUGACAGUGAGGUAGCCAACCUCACACAGUCAGCUUUUUCUCCAUCUUAUCCAUCCCCACAGAUAUUUGCCCCCUCCUCCACUAGCACCUCAUCUGCUGCCCUGCCUACUACCACACUCCACAGACCACAGCCAAUGUCCCAUUCUCACCCCUAUUACAACAGUUCAAACGAUGCCUCAAUAGGUGUUAGCACCCCGGCCAAGGACAGAGGCACAGCCACCCUUACUACAACCAUGACAUAUGCUACCACUACCAUGACGGCCACUGCUGCUGCAACAACCACUACAACCUCUCCAGCAUCUUCUGAUUACAGUAUGACCAUGGCUGGGACAAAGGCCGGUCUCAUUGCUGGUGUGAAAGCUGCUGACCACACACAUCACACCACACCUACACCCAAAAGUGGAGACUGGCAAGACGCUGUAGUAGAUUCUGGAAUAGAAGAGCUAGACAGUCACAGCAGUAGCGACCAUCAUUUAGAAAUGCUGGGACUGAGUGGGUUACGAGGAGACAGAGGAGGGGUUGGAGGAGAUGGGCAAGGAAUGGAGGAAGAAAAAGGUGUUGAACAUCAGGAUCCUUAUUCAGGAGGGCACAUGUUUGAGGUUCACAGCGCAAAAUUGGCAAACCCUGUUUUUCCAAAGAUGACUCAUUUCAAGGACGGGGGAGGGAGGGGUACACCUAUAGCACUGCGAAGGCAGAGCAGCACCAACCCUGCUCCUUUGCAGUUGCACAGACAAAGCAACCCUGAAAUUUCUGGUUUUGACGGAUCUCUUGUUGACGAGAAGAAGCACAAGCAGGGUCGCUCAAAAAUGGAGGAUGGCUUUAGCUCGGCCCUGGCUGCCUGCUUGGAGAGGCCCUUGGACUCUCGAUCAGUCGUCUGGGGGGAGAUUGGCGAACACGAGCAAGGGGGAGUCCAGAGAGGGAGUUUUGUUUUGGAAGGCCGCAGAGUUCACUCACCUUUUUCAGGCGUGAAAGCCAGCAUCAUCAAUGAGCUGAGUUCCAAGCUGCAACAGAUGGGUAGCAUGAAGAGCAUGGAUGACUGGAGUCAUGUUCCAAAGUCACCUACCAAGCAUAGGUACUCAGCAGAUUUCACUGAUGCUUUUCACAGUCCGCCCACUGGUCGAUCCACCUCACCACUGCCCACCUCGUCCCCACAGCAUCGUCAGAUCCUGACACCCAACCUUUCAGCCACUCCCUCGGUCUCACCUUCUCCUCAAGUCCAAGUUCAGCGCAAUUGGAACCGAUCACCUUCUCCGCAAAUGCCUACCUCCCCGGUACAUUCACAUCCUCCCCACUCUCCCACCUACUGUCCAUACCCAACAUCACCUAAGCACAGGUCCAAGUUUCGCCGGCAGACUUUUGAUUUUCAAUGCAGCCCCACUAAGGAGAUGCGCUCUUCGGUCUCCAGGCGCCGGGCUCCCAGCCCUCUCAUCUAUAACACUGAGCAGUCCAACCCAACUCCUCCAAGGCCCUCCUCUCUUCCUAUUCUUCCUACCACACCUGUCUAUAACAGUCCAUUUGACUUUCCUGGCCCUCUCACUCCUCCAUCUCCAGGCCUCCCUUUAGGAGACCCCUACCAGGCAGCAACGCCUCCGCUUUUUUCCCCAUCUAGUGCACCAAGUCCUAACCCCAUGCUUGUCUCACGCUCUCUCUCCCCCACUCAUUUUCUCUCUGGAGCCUCCUCCCCCAUGCAUCUACCACCCAGUCCUUCAUGUCUCAACUACCCCCACCUAAACGCUCCUCCACCAGCCAAACCGUUUGCCAUCAAACCUCUACCCUACUGGACCAAGUACGACGUGGCCGACUGGCUGGUUUAUCUAAAUCUGGGUGAACACAGAGAGCGUUUUAUAGACAAUGAGAUAGAUGGAUCUCACCUGCCUUCACUUACCAAGGACGACUUCUUGGACCUGGGAGUGACUCGUGUGGGGCAUCGAAUGAACAUCGAGAGGGCACUCAAGAAACUCACUGACAGGCGGCUCUCAUCUCCUUUGCAUGUCACUUCUUCUCCCCGAGACACAGACUGAGAGAGUGAGGGGGUGAUUCAAAGAUGAAAGAAAGGGAGAGACAAAUUGACAAAGACGAACCAUAACAGAAGAUUUGCAAGAGAAGAACAGUGGACAUCUUCAGGUUGUGUUUAACAUAGACUACGGGGUAGAUAAGUGAGAGAGGUGUUGUCUUGCAAGUUUGUUAUAUCACGUGUAGAGAUUGCUGUUGUGAAGUUUGUAGAGUGGGUAUAAAGAAAGUAAAAAUUUCUUUAGAUGAAGAUCUUCUCCUGAAAGUAUACUUAAAAACUUUUGAUGGGCAGGCUUUUAAUUAACACACUGUUUCGUGCUGUCAAAAGAGAAACACACACUCAUUCUCACGCACACUGACAGAUGGAGUCUUACACCAUCUGCUGCUUAGCAGCAAUGAGAAAACUCAAGUCUGAAUUUAAAGACAGGUUUGAAGAAAUGCUGCUUAAAGGCUAAGACCCACCUAAAUGUUAGUUAUUACGGUUGACAUGGAAACUCUGGUGGCUGAGGUAGUAACUGGUGAACACAGAGACAGGAAAGCCACAUCCCAACAUUAGCUUUGUAGCUUUAACCAGAGUGUCAAAUGGCUGUGAGUGCUGGAGCCAAAGUCAAGAUAUGAGAGAUAAAGUUUUUAUUUGUAAAUUAUGAUAGAAAGAACAAUAGGCAAAAAUAGUGCUGUUUUUAUGUGUGCCAUAUUCUCCCAGACGACGCCCCAAGAAGCUUUGUAUGUUUGUACUUUGCGAGCGCUAAAUAUAUCUUAUAUGUUACAUGAAAUUCACUAUUAGUAUAAUCAUUUGUUUUGUAAGAAGUGCUAAUAGCAAUCAUUCAUCUCAGACUGGUCAGGGUAUUUAUAACUGUUGAAAAUAACUUUGUGAAUAAUGAGGACAUCAAAAUAUUGAGAAAACCUUGUUGUGAAAUUAACCUUUUUUUAUUGUUUUACUGAUUAUUCUUCAGAAAACAAAGGUCGUCAGAAAUCCAAGGAAUUAUUAAAGUGAAAUUCAAUAGGGUUAGCAGGUCAUUUGACGCCACGUUUUUUAAGAGUUUAUUGCUGUUAAUGACCUAGCACGGGUCGAGGGAUGGAUUCAUCCUUUUUGAUGCCAUAUUGUUGACCGCGCUCUUUCACAUAGCAGGUGCAGUGAUCAAAAAGGGCUUUUUACUGCUUCUCUGUCUGCCUGACUUCCUCAACCUUCUGCCUCUGUGAGUCAGUGUGUCUGAUUUUGUGUAUGAAUGUUUGUCAGCUUGCUUUGGUAGCCAAAUGUUUCCCCUGGCCUACACCUUCCCCUUUCAACUGCCUUUUUCCAAAGCACAUUUCUACUGCUCAGAAAACAUAGGUUUUGUUGUUGUUUCUUUGAUUUUUUUUCACCAGUUGACAAUCCCAAUGUUUUACUGUCAAGCAUAUUAAGUCAUUUAAAGUAACGUUCUGACCCGCAUUUUACAAAAAAAAUCCUAAUUUCAUAACUUAAAUUGCAGUAUGUGAAACAUAUAGGAAAGCAGGCACAUCCUGGAUUUAUUAACAUGCCUGUGCAGCGGUUCCCCAGAAUGGAUCCAACUGUGGGGCAAGAAUCACACAAUUUAUAGAUCUGUACGUAUUGAUGACAAUAAUCAUAACAAUAGUUCAGUAAAGAUUCUAAUAAUUAAGUAUGUAAACACUCUUUAGAAUCUCUGUCUUCCAAAUAGUGUGGACAAAUUAUUCAAUGCUUUGUUUGUUUAUUUUCUUUUGGGUUGUCAGAAAAUGCUUUCUAUACUGCUUGCCUCAAGUGGACACCAGUGAAACUGACAUGUUAGUUCAAUGCAUAUUCUCUCAUUGCAAGCACCAAACUAUGUUUUUUUUUUCAUGGUGAGUUGCCCCAAUGCAGACUCAUGUCGAAUGCUAUUCUGAGAGGUGCAUGCACUGAGCAGUAGUGUAGAAAGCAUUACGACUAAGAAUUAAGAGUAUUUUAGGUCUAGUGAAAUGCAUAAUGAAUAUGACUACAUACAGUAUGAGCGUAAGUAUGCAGAUAUAUAUAUAUAUAUAAAUGAAUAUAUAAAUA